AUAUUUUUGUAGUUUAUAUACAGUUUUUGGACACUUCUGAAAUCAAUAAUCAUUCCCUGCAAUCAAAUUUUACCACCUAUUCUUCAUAGUCAAUCAUGGCGGCUAGCAACUAUACUAUACUGUUAUUUAUUGUUCCUCUAAACUUGCUCUCCAAACAAGAUCUACCUAGUUGCUCCUAUAUAAUUAUAUUCAAGCCUUGGAUACAUCAAAGCCAAAUAAUCUACGAUGGAAGGAACUACAAGCUAUUCCAAAUCAGAGGGUGGUGUUGACUUGACUCAAAUAUCUCUUCGACCCAUUAGUCUUACUGAUCUUGAUGACCUAAAAUUGUGGACCGGUGAUGAAAAAGUGGCCAGGUAUUGCACCUGGGAACCUUAUACCAGCAAAGAAGAAGGCAUCAACUUCAUCCAAAACAUAGCAAGCAAAUCUCUAUGGUUCAGAGCAAUUUGCCUUCACAACCGUGCAAUUGGAUGCAUCGAUUUUCGGUCGGAUAACUAUAGAUGCAAGGAAAAAUCUGCUGAACUUGGCUAUGCUCUGAGCUCCAUGUACUGGAACAAAGGGAUUGCCACAAUGGCUGUGAAACAAGUGGUUGAAGCUGCAUUUAAGGAGUUUCAACACUUGGAGAGGCUUGAAGCUCAAGUCGAUGUGGAAAAUGUUGCUUCUCAGAAGGUGCUGGAGAAGGCUGGUUUUCGAAGGGAGGGAGUUCUCAGGAAAUAUUCCUUCAUCAAGGGAAAAAGUAGAGAUAUGGUUAUGUUCAGUGUUGUAUCAAAUGAUCUUCAACUUUGAUCUAUUUGUUUUCAAAUAUGUCAACUAUGGUGUUGUGCCAUUUAAAAUGUCUAAAUAAAUUUAAUUGAUGUUAUGUCCCCAGCAUUCAUAAGCUACAUGAUCAAAUGUCUAGAUAAAUUUAAUAUUGUACUCCUUUCGUACCACAAUAUAUGUAGCUUCGACACUUUUACACAUAU